GGCCGGAGGCGGGCGCCCACAGGGAGCCUGACGGGGCUGCUCCUUCCUCCGCUGACCAUAGAGAUGCGCCUCCCGCCGGCCCCCGACCCUGAGAUGAGAAAACCAAGCACCUAAGAAGCUAAAUGGCUUGUUCAAGGUCACACAGUUGGCUUGUUAGCAUCUCAAGGAAAUGCAGCAUCUCUGUGGGAGGUGAUGACUGAUACUGUAUUGGGCCCACAACAAGGGAACAGCAGUAAGGAAAUGGAUGGGCUAUGCCCUCAACUGUUGCUACUGCCCCUACCCCUCCCUGACCGUGGUGUCCCAGGGUCAGUUCAGAGCCCUUCCUACUCUGAGACCCUCACACCUCUACCUACCAACUCAAAUUGCCUGCUUGUGGAAGCCACAGCAACAGAGGACAGUGCGGGAAGCAUGGAAAUCUUUGUGGAAGCUGUCACGGGAGACUUGUCUCAAAGUGCCCCUGGAGAGACCCCAGGUGUUCUGGUGAAGGUGGUGAAGCUGUAUUUUUGUGAAGGCUGUGAGCAGAGCUUUCCUGAGCCCGCAUUGCUGGCCCUGCACCAUUGUCCCAAGACUCUCUUGCAGUCCAAGGGCAGCCUAUCUAGUUCCCAGCAGUCUGCAGAACUGAAUCCUGGGGAUUCUAGCCUCCCCAAUCCCUUACAGGGGCACAAUCCACUAAAUGAAAAUCCCCUGCCAUGCCCAGUGUGUGGGCAAGAAUUUGCCCAGCCACAGGCACUGAAAAGCCACUUCAAGAGCCAUCAGGUUCCCCCUGAGGCCUUCUCCUGUUUUGAGCCAGGAUGCGAGUUCUUGACUAGAGAACGCAAGGAGCUACAGAACCACCUACAGCAGGCCCACAGUUUGGUCCCAGUGCCCUGUUCCUUUCGUGCCUGCCCCUUACUCUUUGGGAGCCAACAUGGCAUGGAACUUCACCGCCGCUCCCACUACCCCUUCCAGUGCAGCUACUGCAACUACAUGGGCUCGAAUGUCAAACUGUUCUGUCAGCACCAGCGGAAUCACCUGCCUGGGGCUCACAGAGAGCCAGCUCCUAGUCAGGGCCCCUCUUCUCAGGCGAUGCAGCCAGCAACUGAGAGGUCCUCUGAAGAAGGGAGACUUCCCAAAGGAACGAGUAGCUUCCUGCCAAGCAGCAAACCAGGGGAAGAGGAGGAGAAGAAAGAAGAACAUGGAAGUGAUCUUCUCUCUCCUGAGGGAAAGGAAGAAGAGAAGAAACAAGGAAAAGCUGAGAGUGAAGACCAGGGCGGGAGCAGCAAGAAAGUCCAAAAGACCCGCAAAGGUGCUCGUCAAUUCAAAGGAGAUGUGGCUGCUGGCUCUGAGUCCUUGUUCAAGACUCACAUGUGCCCAGAAUGCAAGCGUUGCUUCAAGAAGCGGACGCAUCUGGUGGAGCAUCUCCACCUGCACUUCCCAGAUCCCAGCCUCCAGUGUCCCAACUGCCAGAAGUUCUUCACCAGUAAGAGCAAGCUCAAAAUUCACUUGCUUCGAGAGCUAGGUGAGAAGGCUCACCGCUGUCCCCUGUGCCACUACCGGGCCGUGGAGAAGAACGCGCUGAACCGGCACAUGGCGAGCAUGCAUGAGGACAUCUCUAACUUCUACUCAGAUGUGUAUGCGUGCCCGGUGUGCCGUGAGGAGUUCCGCCUCAGCCAGGCUCUCAAGGAGCACCUGAAGAGCCAUGCCGCCGAGCCCACCCGCCUCCACUGCUUCCAGGAAGGCUGCAGCCAUGCUGCCCCCGACCGCAAGGCCUUCAUCCGGCACCUCAAGGAGGCCCAUGGGGUGCGGGCUGUGGAGUGCCGCCAUCACGCCUGCCCCAUGCUCUUUGCCACGGCUGAAGCCAUGGAGGCUCACCGUAAAAGCCACUACGCAUUCCACUGCCCACACUGCGACUUUGCCUGCUCCAACAAGCACUUAUUUCGCAAGCAUAAGAAGCAGGGACACCCUGGCAGUGAGGAACUGCGCUGUGCAUUCUGCCCCUUCGCUACCUUCAACCCUGUGGCCUACCAAGACCAUGUGGGCAAGAUGCAUGCCCAUGAGAAGAUCCACCAGUGUCCUGAGUGCAAUUUUGCUACUGCUCACAAGAGAGUGCUCAUCCGCCACACGCUGUUGCAUACUGGAGAGAAACCUCACAAGUGUGAGCUGUGUGACUUCACCUGCCGAGAUGUGAGCUACCUCUCCAAACACAUGCUGACCCACUCCAACACCAAGGACUACAUGUGCACCGAGUGUGGCUAUGUCACCAAGUGGAAACACUACCUCAGUGUGCACAUGCGCAAGCACGCCGGUGACCUCAGGUACCAGUGCAAUCAGUGUUCCUACCGCUGCCACCGGGCUGACCAACUGAGCAGUCACAAGCUGCGCCACCAGGGCAAGUCCCUCAUGUGCGAAGUGUGUGCGUUUGCCUGCAAACGCAAAUAUGAGCUGCAGAAGCACAUGGCCUCGCAGCACCGCCCGGGCGCGCCAGCCCCCCUGUACCCCUGCCGCUACUGCAGCUACCAGAGCCGCCACAAGCAGGCCCUGCUGAGCCACGAGAACUGCAAGCACACCCGCUUACGAGAGUUCCGCUGUGCCCUCUGCGACUACCGCACUUUCAGCAACACCACGCUUUUCUUCCAUAAGCGCAAGGCCCACGGCUACGUGCCAGGGGACCAGGCUUGGCCGCACCGGUGCGCCGGCCAAGAGCAGGAGGCUGCUGAGCAAGGCCCAGCUGCCCUGCCCGCCCCGGAGGCCCCAAGCCAGCCCUCCCCCCGGGAGGAGGCGCAGUGCCCGCAGCCUGCAACGUCCGUCAAGCCCAGCUUGGGCCGGGCAUUGUCCCCGAUUUGCGUGGAGAAGGGAGAAGGAAAAGAAGGCGAGCCCAGUGCCCCCCAUGGGGAUAACUUUGUGGGGCAGUCUCCCAGCCCUGCAGAGGUGGACGAGGAAGGCUGCACCUUGCACCUGGAGGCACUAAGCGUCGAGUUGGAGCCCGCUGCUGCGCCUGCCCCCAGUGAAAUUACAGAGACUCCCCAUAUGGAAUAUGGGGAUUUGGGCACAUCCGAAGCCUUGGGCUCAGAGGAGCCAGAUGGCCCAUUGGAGGGUCUGCCUGACUUUGAGGAAGAGCCAGAUCUCCAGAAUGGUGGUCAUUCUGGCCUGGGGGCUGGAGGGGCACCUCUGCUAGAGAUGCCAGCUCCUGAUUCUCUUAGAAAUCCCUCAUCCUCAGAUGACCCCUCUGAGAACUUCAAGGAGCCCUUUGAGCCACUUGUAUCCCCUGGGGUGCCAGCCCCAUCCCAGAUCCCACAGUCAGAAUCGGUGCUUAAAGCGCUAAGAAAACGGGACAAAGAACAGGCAGAGACUCUGGUGCUGGAGGGACGGGUGCAGAUGCUGGUGGUCCAGGGAGAGGGACAGGCCUUCCGCUGUCCGCACUGCCCUUUUGUCACCCGUCGGGAAAAGGCUCUGGGACUCCACGCCAAGAUGGGGUGUCAGGGCCGCCGGGAACCGCUCCUCUGUUCCGAAUGUGGGGCCAGCUUCAAGCAGCAGCGUGGGCUCAACACCCACCUCCUCAAGAAGUGCCCCGUCCUGCUCAAAAAGAAGAAGCCUGCGCUCCAACCCAGUUCCCCUGCCCUUGCGGACCCUCGGCCUGCCAUCCCUGUGGCCUUGGAGAGCGUAACCGAGGAGCUGGCUGGCCCUGCCGCCUGGGCUGUGGCUUCCGCUGAGCCCCCCGUGUCGCCCCCGUCAGACUCGCCAGCCCCGGCACAGGAAUGUCUCACAGCCCAGGGCUCCCCUGAGAAGUUCCACUUUGAGCAGGGCAAGUUCCAUUGCCGGGCUUGCCCAUUCCUCUGUUCCCGGCUCUCAUCCAUUACUUCCCACGUCACCGAGGGUUGCCGGAGCCAAAGCUGGGGCAGCAAGCGCACCGUCUGUCAAACCGAGCCCAGCCCCAGCAGUGAGGAAAGGAGCACGCCAGAGAGUGAGCAGGGCGGGCCGGGCCUGGCCCGGGAGGACUGUGCCCAGGACCCCCAGAAGGGGCCCCGCUUCUCCUGCCCCACCUGCCCUUUCAGCUGCAGGCAGGAGCGGGCGCUGAGGACGCACCAGGCCCGGGGCUGCCCCUGCACGGACCCCACGGAGCUGCGCUGCAGCCUCUGCCCCUUCACUGCGCGAGCCCCGGCCGCUCUGCGGCUCCACCAGAAGCGGCGACACCGGUCGGUCCCUGUGCCCGCCCCCGCCCGCGGUCCCCGCCCCCUCUUGCAGUGUCAGGAUUGCAGCUUUACCUGCAAGCAGAGCCGGUGCCUACAGCAGCACCGGCGGCUGAAGCACGAAGGGGUGAAGCCCCACCAGUGCCCCUUCUGCGAGUUCUCCACCACGCGGCGCUACCGCCUGGAAGCGCACCAGUCUCGGCACACGGGAGUGGGCCGCAUCCCCUGCGGCUCCUGCCCCCAGACUUUUGGCACCAACUCCAAGCUGCGCCUGCACAGGCUCAGGGUCCACGACAAGACGCCCACCCACUUUUGCCCCCUCUGCGACUACAGCGGCUACUUGCAGCACGACAUCACCCGCCACAUUAACAGCUGCCACCAGGGCACGCCGGCCUUUGCCUGUCCGCAGUGCGAAGCCCACUUCAGCUCGGAGACGGCGCUGAAGCAGCACGCCCUGCGGCGACACCCGGAGCCCGCGCCUCUGGCCCCGGGCUCCCCGGCCCAGGCCCCGGAGGGCCCCCUGCACUGUCCUCACUGCGGCCUCUCGUGCCCCAGCCCCGCCAGCCUGCGGUGCCACACGCGCAAACAGCACCCCCGGCUGGAGUGCAGCGCCUGCCAGGAGGCCUUCUCCAGCCGGGGGGCCCUGGAGGAGCAUCGGCGGCAGCAGCACUUCAGCCACCGCUGCCACCUGUGCAGCUUCGCGGCUCGGGAGCGGGCGGGGCUCGUGAGACACUACCUGGAGCAGCACGAGGGCGGCGGGGCGGCCGGGGACGGGGCGGCCGAGGGGCCCCCCCUGCGCUGCCCCUUCUGUGACUUUGGCUGCCGCCACCAGCUGGUCCUAGACCACCACGUGAAGGGGCACGGGGGGACGCGGCUGUACAAGUGCACCGACUGCGCGUACAGCACCAAGAACAGGCAGAAGAUCACGUGGCACAGCCGCAUCCACACCGGGGAAAAGCCGUACCGCUGCCAUCUCUGCCCCUACGCCUGCGCCGACCCCUCCCGCCUCAAGUACCACAUGCGGAUCCACAAAGAGGAGCGGAAGUAUCUGUGUCCCGAGUGUGGCUACAAAUGCAAGUGGGUAAACCAGCUCAAAUAUCACAUGACUAAGCACACAGGACUGAAGCCGUACCAGUGUCCCGAGUGUGAGUAUUGCACAAACCGAGCAGAUGCACUCCGCGUGCACCAGGAGACUCGGCAUCAGGAGGCCCGGGCAUUCAUGUGUGAGCAGUGUGGCAAGGCCUUCAAGACGAGGUUUCUGCUACGCACCCACCUUCGGAAACACAGCGAGGACAAGCCUUACGUGUGCAACGUGUGCCACCGCGCCUUCCGCUGGGCUGCCGGCCUGCGGCACCACGCCCUCACCCACACCGACCGCCACCCCUUCUUCUGCCGCCUCUGCAGCUACAAGGCCAAGCAGAAGUUUCAGGUGGUCAAGCAUGUCAGGAGGCACCACCCCGACCAGACUGAUCCCAGCCAGAGCGUGGGCAAAGACCCCACCACCCCCACAGUGCAUCUUCAUGAUGUGCAGCUUGAGGAUCCUGUUCCCCUAGCUCCGGCUGCACCUGAAGGCUGAUUCAGACUUCUCCCAAGUCAUGCAUCAAGGGGCAAGGGCUUGGACCCGAUCUACUGGUACUGAGAGGAGGCGAGGAAUUGCUGGGUUUUAUCACCUCCUGGAGGCUGGGCGCCCUCCUGGGACUGUGCAUAGGGUACCAUGAAAUGUAUAGCUGGGUAAAAAUGACUGAUCAGAGUAUGACUCUUGUCAUACUUGGGGUGUUUUUAGUGCUCAGGAUCCCUAAGAUUUCCUGUAGAAAUCCCAAAUUCAGGGGUUUGGAUUUUAUUAAUUCUUUAAAGGCCUUUUCUUCUUACUUGUCAUGUCUUUCUCUAUUCCAUCAUCGUGAAGAUAUCUUUAUUAAGCAUCUAAUGGCAUAUACUUUGUACAAAGCAACUUAAACAGGAUGUGAUCUCUAA